CGAAAUAAGUAUAUAUUAUAUCAAAAUAUCGACGCAUUUCGGCAUGUUCAACUUAAUAUAGUUAAAAUAAAAGCAAAAACUUGGAUUAUUAUAGACGUAUUCAAUUGUAAUGUGGAACUUCAAAGCAACAGUUGUGAGCAGCUUAAAUAUUUCUUAACUAGCUGAGGUGUUGAGCUGCAUACCUAACUUACAGUGUACAACAAAAAUAGAAAGAAGAAACAGCGGCUGCGCCAUUAGGUCAAAUUCAAAUUUAAAUUUAUUGCGAACGGACGCAAAAUGAACACACCCGGCGUCAGUUUGUUUCAAGGCGCUGAUACCCUCAAGGUAAAUUCAACACUGGAUCGUCAGGAAGAGGAGGAAGCGCUACAGGAUCAAAAACGACGAGAGGCAGAGCUGGGGAAUUUAUUGGAAAAUGCAUUCGACGACUUAGAAGACGACGACGAAGAGAAUACUAUAGAUUCGACAUCAAGCUUUCCCUCUAAUUUGCUUCCCAAUGGCCAGGGCUUACCACUGCCGCUGCUUCCAAUGCAACAGACACAACAGCAGCAGCAAGCGGACUGUGUAAAUUCUAACGAGAUUCAUGAGCUAAAGAUGAUGCUGGAGUCAAGGACACACGAGCUGAACAACAUGAACCAAAUUGCAAAGGAAGCUCAUAAUAAAAUUGAUGAGUGCCAAAAGCGUUUGUUUAUAACGCAAGCAGAGCUUGAGCGUGCGCUUCGUGAGAAGCAACACACACACGAGCUGCUCGUAGAUAGUAAGGAGAAGUGCUCGAAUCUGGACAGCAAUAUUGAAAAACUGCGCUGCGAGAAGCGUACGCUAGAAACGGAGAACACUCAGCUAGUUGGCAAGCUGGAGACGGCACACACGCUGCUAGCAGAUGUCCAGCGCAAAUAUGAUAUGGUAGAACGGGAUCAGCACAGGCGAGAGGAUCGUAAUGCUGAUAUACGCAUUAAGCAGUUGGAGGACCAGCAACGCGCCCAAAUUGAGCUAAUGCAGCAAAAGGUCAACCAGCUGAGUGAUCAGCUGGACAAAAAGAAACAGGAGCUCGAGCAAAUGCAUGUGCGUUACAAUGCGCUGCAGUCUAGCUAUGAGUCUAUGCUGUUAGACAAGGCCGACAAAAUCAAUGAGCUAAACUCGGCGCUCGAUGUGGCACAGCGGCGCUGUCAUCAGCUAGCUGCCAAGCCCAACUACGAGGCGGAGAACUCACGUCAGCAACAAUGCAUUGCGGAUUUGCAUGCACAGGUAGCUAGCAUGGAGCAGACAAUAGCGCAGCUAACGGAGCGUGUCAAUGGCACUGCAGCGGAGCUGGAUCUGAUGGAUACGCUCAUACAACAGCAUCAAUCCGAAACAGAUUCGCCAAAUCGUUUGCCAUCGCGUCUAGCAGGCAGCACGCCCCUGAAUCCCACCGAUCGCAUGGGUCAUAUUAAGCAGGAAUUGUAUCGAGCGUUAGUCACCUUAAAGAACAAGCGUGAGGAGGUGCGCCGGUUGGAGAAACUGCUGGACGAGCGCACCAAAGAGUUGCGCACCCUCCGUGAGGAGGAGAACAAAACGCUGGUACAGCUGGCCAAUCUGAAAGAGGACAAAUCGCGUCUAGAGACGCGCAUUAAAGGAUUGCAGGAGCAACUGGAUGAGCGUCAGCACAACAGUUCGCUUAAUGUGUCCAAGCUGCAAGCAGAGUUGGAUGUGUUGCUGGCCGAAAAGGAUGCAUUGCAUCAGCAGACGAUCGCGCAAGCCACCGAACAGCAACGACUUGACAAGCAGUUGAAGCAGGCAAAGUUGGAUUUGGAGCACCUCAAGCUGGAGCAUGAACAGCUCAAGCGUCAACAUGAUCAGCUAACGGAUGACAAUCGACAGCUGCGCACUCGGCCUACCGCAGAUAAUUUGCGUUUGGAGCUGGAGCGAUAUAAGAUCUUAUUAAAUGAUGCGCAGGGCGAGGUGAAGCGUUUAAAAUCGGUCUACACGGAUAUUGCCAAUGAAAAGGAGACACUCAACUUUCAACUGCGUAAGUUAAGUGAAACGGAUAGCAUCAAGGAACUGCAGGAGCACCGACAACAAAUUGCCCAGCUGCAACGGAAUAUGGAGCUAGCAGAGUUGAAGGCGCAAGAACUAAGCAAAAUACUGGACACAGCUAAGCUGCAGCACGAACGAGAUCUCGAGACGCUGCGGGAGAAAUGGGAGCGUGAGAAAUACGAGGAGGUGAUCAAAGCGGCGAAGAAGAGCUCCAGCAAUUGCACCAAGUGCAGUGAUCAGUUAGCCGACAUUACAAAGAUUGAAAUCCAAUUGCUAAAGAUGCAAAACAUGAACUCCAUGCAAGCCAAGGAACUGAACGAGCUGCGCAAUGAGCUGGAGCAGUCCAAGGCGCUGCGAGCGGAAUUGGAGACAAAGGUGCAGCAAAUGGCGGAGCAGGAGAAGUUGUUAAGCGAACUUAAGGUUAAGGCGCAGCUCUAUGAGGAACAGCUGCAGCAGGAGGCAGUCAAACUGGGCGAGCAGCUAAGUCCCAGUCAACAGAUUGCAGCAUGUUCAGCGGAAGCUAGUGGCGGAUCUAACACUCCUCCAGAGCUCACGCAAUCGCGCAUUAAGCGCAUAGAGCAGCGUGUACGGGACGAGAUGGCCAAGCUAUUUGCUACCGAGCUAAAGCGAUUUACAUUGCGCGUCCAGCAGGCAGAGGAGCGCAGCGUGUGCCUACAGCGCGAGUAUCAAUUGGUGUGCCGUGAUCUUCAGCAUCGCCAAACGGAGGUGGAUUUGCUAAAGCAGACAAUACUAGCUGAACGUGAGCAAAUGCAGCAGCUGCUGGGGGAACAGGAGGAGAAGCAGAAGCAAAUGUUGCACAAGUGCCGCAGUGAGCUGCAGACAAAGAAUCAACGCAUCUCAGAUUUACUGCGCGAACUGGAUGAACAACAUGCGAGCAUCGAAUCCGAGCGUCGCUCCAUGAAAGCUGUAAUGAAUGAAUGGGAUAAGCAAAAACAAUCCAUAGAGCAGGUUGAACAGCAUUGGCGCGCCCAGGUGCAAACGUUGCGUGAGACCCACGAGGAGGCCAUGCGCGCUGCACAGCAGCGCUAUCAGAGCGCUAAACGCACCGCCCACAAUUACAAGAUCUAUGCGGAAGACAAAGAUGCGCACAUGAAGCGUGAGUACGAGCGCAUCAAGAUCGAGUACCAGACCUCGCUUACCCAAAUCGAAGCAACUAUGCAGAAGCAUCUCCAGCGCAAAAGCCGCGACCGCAACCAAAAGCGAAGCGCCAAUGAUAAAGAGAAUGAGUCGAACAAUCAUUAAAUAUAAUCCAUAUGUAAUAUAUAUGUUUAGAUCAAUUGUUUAUUUUUAGAUUCCUUAAGAUACUUUUACAAACAAAUGAUUUUAUAUGCACUUUUUAUAAUAGAAGAUAUAUAAUGUAAUGUAAACAUUCCAA